AUGGUGCCCGGGCGGGCGGACCGGCUGCGGUUCCUGCGCCGCAUCAACGUCCGCUGGGACGCCUCCGACGAUGAGCUGGACAACGACAACAGCUCGGCGCGGCUCUUCGAGCGCUCCCGCAUCAAAGCUCUGGCAGACGAGCGGGAGGCCGUGCAGAAGAAAACCUUCACCAAGUGGGUGAAUUCGCACUUGGCUCGCGUCACCUGCCGCAUCUCGGACCUCUACAUGGACCUCCGGGACGGGCGGGUGCUCAUCAAGUUGCUGGAGGUGCUGUCAGGAGAGCUUCUGCCCAAGCCCACCAAGGGCCGGAUGAGGAUCCACUGCCUGGAGAACGUGGACAAGGCGCUGCAGUUCCUGAAGGAGCAGCGGGUGCACCUGGAGAACAUGGGCUCCCACGACAUUGUGGAUGGCAACCACCGCCUCGUCCUCGGCCUCAUCUGGACCAUCAUCCUCCGCUUCCAGAUCCAGGACAUCAUCGUGCAGACGCAGGAGGGCCGGGAAACGCGCUCCGCCAGGGACGCGCUGCUGCUCUGGUGCCAGAUGAAGACAGCGGGGUACCCCCACGUGAACGUCACCAACUUCACCUCGAGCUGGAAGGAUGGACUGGCCUUCAACGCCCUCAUCCACAGGCACAGGCCUGAGCUGGUUGACUUCCAAAACCUCACCAAAUCCAAUGCCCGGCACAACCUGGAGCACGCAUUCAGCGUGGCGGAGCGGCACCUGGGCAUCACCCCACUCCUCGACCCUGAAGAUGUGUUCACGGAGAACCCUGACGAGAAGUCCAUCAUCACCUACGUGGUGGCCUUCUACCACUACUUCUCCAAGAUGAAGGUGCUGGAGGUGGAGGGCAGGCGUCUGGGCAAGGUCAUCGAGCACGCCAAGGAGACGGAGCGGAUGAUCGAGGGCUACGGGGGGCUGGCCUCCGACCUGCUCACCUGGAUUGAGCAGACCAUCGCCUCCCUCAACAGCCGCAGCUUCGCCAACUCACUGGCCGGGGUGCAGCACCAGCUGCAAGCCUUCAGCACCUACCGCACCGUGGAGAAGCCCCCCAAGUUUCAGGAGAAGGGGAACCUGGAGGUGCUGCUCUUCACCAUCCAGUCGCGGAUGCGAGCCAACAACCAGCGUGUCUACACCCCGCACGAGGGCCGCCUGGUCUCCGACAUCAACCGGGCCUGGGAGCAGCUGGAGAAAGCAGAGCACGAGCGGGAGCUGGCGCUGCGCAACGAGCUCAUCCGGCAGGAGAAGCUGGAGCAGCUGGCACGGCGCUUCGACCGCAAAGCGGCCAUGCGGGAGGCCUGGCUGAGCGAGAACCAGCGCCUGGUGGCCCAGGACAACUUUGGCCAGGACCUGCCAGCGGUGGAAGCAGCCAAGAAGAAACAUGAGGCCAUCGAGACGGACACGGCCGCCUACAAGGAGCGGGUGCAGGCCAUCGAGGCGGUGGCAAAGGAGCUGGAGGCGGAGGGCUACCAUGACAUCCAGCGCAUCAAUGGGCGCAAGGACAACAUCCUGCGGCUCUGGGAGCAGCUCCUGGAGCUGCUGGCCGCCCGGCGCCAGCGCCUGGAGAUGAACCUCGCCCUGCAGCACCUCUUCCAGGAGAUGCUCCAUAGCAUCGACUGGAUGGAUGAGGUCAAGGUUCAGUUGGCAUCGCCCGAAUCUGGGAAGCACCUUCUGGAAGCGGAAGAGCUGCUGCAGACCCACCAGCUGCUGGAGCCCGAUGGCUUGCUGGCCAGUGGGCAUCCCCGCAGCCCCCAGGUCCGGCAGUGCCGGGAGCAGCUCAAUGAGAGGUGGGACCAGUUCAGGGAGCUGGUGGCCAAGCGUCGCCAGGCGGUGGGCUCGGCUCUGCGCCUCCUCAACUACCGUCUGGAGUGUGAGGAGACCCGGCAAUGGCUGCAGAGCAAAGCCCAGCUGGGCAAGGCCACCGCCGAGCUGGGGCGGGAUCUGGCCGGCGUCCUGGCCACCCAACGCAAGCUCUAUGGCAUCGAGCGGGACCUGGCGGUUGCCAAAGACCGCUUGGCUGCCCUGCGUUCCCAGGCUGACCGCCUGGCCGAGGAACGGCCCGCGGUCCUGCGCGGCGUGGAGGUGGGCUGGGCCGCUCUAGGCAAGAUGGCAGAGACCCGGCAUCGCUUCCUCGCCCAGUGUCGCGGCUUCCAGGAGUUCCUCCGCGAUGCCAAGCAGGCAGAGAUCCUCCUCACCAACCAGGAGUACACGUUGGCACACCUGGAGCUGCCCACCACGCUGGAGGGCUCGGCUGCCGCCCUGCGCCGCUUCCAGGACUUCCGCGCCGGCAUGGAGAGUAACGCCGAGAAGGUCCCCGAGGCAGUGGCCGGUGGCACCAAGCUGGUGGCUGAGGGGAACAUCUUUGCCGAGAAGAUCACCGAGAAGUGCCAGGCCCUCCAGGAGCGGCACGGGGCCGUCACAGCGAAGGCGGAGGAGGCGGCAGGUUUGCUGGAGGACAACCACGAGCUGCAGACCUUCCUGCAGAGCUGCCGAGAGCUUGACGCCUGGGUGGAUGAGAAGAUGCUGAUGGUACAGGACACCUCCUACGGCGAAGCCCGCGGCCUCCACAGCAAGUGGCAGAAGCACCAGGCAUUCAUGGCUGAGCUGGCGUCCAACCAGGGCUGGCUGGAGAAGAUUGAGACGGAGGGGAAGGAGCUGGUGAGCCGCAAGCCGCAGUACGGCGAGGUGGUGAUGCGACGGCUGGACGAGCUGCGCCGGCGGGGGGAUGGGGUGCGCGGGGCCGCCGAGGAGAAGGGCCGGCAGCUCUUUGAGGCCAACCGCUCGGCGCUCUACGCCCGGAGCUACGAGGAGCUGGAGAGCUGGCUGGGGAGGGCGAAGGAGGAGCUACGCGCUGCCGAGCAGGCCAAGGACCUCGCCUCCACCAACCUGCUGCUGAAGAGGUUGACGAGGUUGGAAGAGCAAGUGGGAGCACGGAUGAAGGAGCUGGAGGAGCUGGAGUGGCAGGGGACCCCCCCUGCCGGGGCUGUGCCAGAUGCUGAUGGCCACGAGCAGAGGCUCCGGCAGCGAUUCCUUGACCUGCUGGAGCCACUGGAGAGGAGGAGGAAGGAGCUGGAGACCACCAAGGCCAUUUACCAGCUCGGACGGGAUCUGGAGGACGAGAUGUUGUGGGUGGAGGAGCGGCUGCCCCUGGCGGCCGCCCGGCACCGGCGCCUACGGGAGGCCGGUGAGGCACAGCAGUACUACCUGGACGCCGGCGAGGCCGAAGCCUGGGUCAGCGAGCAGGAGCUCUUCAUGGGAGCUGAGGAGAAGCCAAAGGACGAGGAGAGCUGUUUGGUGAUGCUGAAGAGACACGUGCGGCAGCAGCGGUCCAUCGAGGACUAUGGCCAAACCAUCAAGGAGCUAGCGGGGAGGGCUCAGCAGCUGCUCUCCGCCGGCCACCCUGAGGGGGAGCAGAUCAUCCGGCUGCAGGGCCAGGUGGACAAGCACUACGCCGGGCUGAAGGAGGCGGCCGAGGAGCGCCGCCGGCGCCUGGAGAACAUGUCCCACCUCUUCCAGCUGAAGCGGGAGGUGGAGGACCUGGAGCAGUGGAUCGCCGAGCGCGACGUGGUCGCCUCCUCCCAGGAGAUGGGGCAGGACCUGGACCACGUCACGCUCCUGCGGGAGAAGUUUCGGGAGUUUGCGCGGGAGACGGGCAGCGUGGGGCAGGAACGCGUGGACCGGGUGAACCUGACAAUUGAGGACCUCAUUGAUGCGGGGCACAUGGAGGCGGCCACCAUGGCCGAGUGGAAGGACGGGCUGAACGAGAGCUGGGCCGACCUCCUGGAGCUGAUCGACACCCGCAUGCAGCUCCUCGCCGCCUCUUACGACCUGCACAAGUACUUCUACGAUGGCGCCGAGCUGCUGGCCCUCAUCGCCGCCCGGCGCCAGGAGCUGCCCCAGGACCUGGGCGAGGACGCCGGCACGGUGGAGGCUUUCCACCGCAUGCACAGCGACUUCGAGCGCGACCUCCAGCUGCUGGAGGCGCAGGUGCAGCAGUUUCGGGAGACGGCGGCGCGCCUGCAGACCGCCUACGCCGGGGAGAAGGCGGCCGGCAUCCAGGAGCAGGAGCAGGAGGUGGCACGAGCCCUGCGGGCGCUGCUGGAAGCAUGCAGCGGGCGCCGGGCCCGGCUGGUGGACACGGCCGACAAGCAUCGUUUCUUCAGCAUGGCGCGGGACCUGCUCUCCUGGAUGGAGAGCACCGUCCGGCAGAUCGAGACGCAGGAGAAACCCAGGGAUGUCUCCUCGGUGGAGCUGCUCAUGAAGUACCACCAGGGCAUCAGGGCUGAGGUGGACGCCCGGAGCAAGAACUUCACCACCUGCAUUGAGCUGGGCAAGAAGCUGCUGCAGCGCAAGCACCAGGACUCGCCCGAGAUCAAAGUGAAGCUGGUGGAGCUGGUGGAGAAGAGGAAGGCCAUGAUGGAGACGUGGGAGCAGCGCUGGGAGAGGCUGCGGCUGUUGCUGGAGGUGUGCCAGUUCUCCCGGGAUGCUUCGGUGGCCGAGUCGUGGCUCAUAGCGCAGGAGCCCUACCUGGCCAGCAGUGACUACGGGCAGACGGUGGACGCGGUGGAGAAGCUGCUGAAGCGGCACGAAGCUUUCGAGAAGUCCUCGGCCACCUGGGAGGAGCGCAUCGCCGCCCUGAGGAAGCUGACGACGCUGGAGCUCCUGGGGGGGCGGAUGCUGCAUGAGGGGCUGACACGGGAUGGGGUGAUGCGGUCCGAGGCUCCCGACUGCCGCUUGGAUCUGGACGGGGAGCUGGAGGAUGGGUCCGAGGAGGAGGAGGAUGAGGAGAAGAGGAAGGACACGAGCCGGCAGGGCACCUCCUCGCCCACGACCGACGGACCAGAGCCGAAGAAGCACGUCUUCAAACUCAGGCUCAGCAAUGGCAGCGAGUGGCUCUUCCAUGGCAAGGAUGAGUGCCCAAGGGGACACAAGGUGGCUGGUGAUGCCCAGGGGACAUCAGGGUGGCCAGAGAUGUCUAGGGAGAGAGAGGGUGGCUGGUGGUUCCCAGGAGACACAAGGGACACCA